AUGGCUGCUAUCGCUAUGUUGUUCUGGCGCCGCAAGUACGCGCCGCUCGCUACUGAGGACGUGGAAGGAGGUCUAAAGAGUCCGGUCAAGCUCUCCAAUUGGCUUAUGCUACGGCGCGUACGAACGGUGGUUGUCGCGACUGUCUUGCUGCUUCUGUUUGGCGUGUUACUUCUCCAGUAUCCUGACCUAGACGAACGCGUCCGCGAAUACGCACAUAACGCAACCGCAUCGGCACCGGCGGUGUGUAAUUGCACCGCAACCGGAAGCAACGGCAAUCUUGCGGGCAAUGACGGUGACACGGCAUCUCCCGAGUCCUCGAUACAGUGGUCCGACUUCGCAUACGUCCAAUACGUAACGAACCCCAGUUACCUCUGCAACUCUCUCAUGAUUUUCGAAGCACUACGCCGCCACAACACGAAGGCAGACUUGCUGAUGAUGUACCCUCAACAAUGGCAAGUCCCUGCAAAAUUCAACGAGGGCGCAGAGUCUGAGACAAAAUUCCUGGUGAAAGCGCGCGAUGAAUUCAAGGUGCAAAUGGCACCAAUUCAGGUCAAAACAUUUCAGAACGAGCGGGACCCGACAUGGCAAGACAGCUACACGAAGCUGCUAGCAUUUAAUCAGACACAGUAUAAACGCGUGAUAUCGAUCGACUCGGACGGCACAGUCCUGGACCACAUGGACGAGCUCUUCUUGCUUCCCUCAGCUCCCGUAGCCAUGCCCCGUGCCUAUUGGAUGCCUGAAAAGUUCUUCCUCUCAAGCCAGCUCAUCGUCAUUGAACCGUCCGAGGCCGAAUGGAAGCGCGUAGGGUAUGCGAUCGACCACCACGAAGGCCACGAUUACGACAUGGAUAUUCUGAACAAGCUGUACGAGAAAUCGAGUACGGUGAUCCCGCAUCGGAGAUACGAUAUGCUUUCCGGGGAGUUCCAUAAUGCGAAGCAUGAGAAUUAUCUGGGGUCACCGGAAGAGAAGUGGGAUCCGAAAGGGGCACUGGAAGAGGCGAAGUUCGUACACUUUUCGGAUUGGCCGAUGCCGAAGCCCUGGUUGGAGCCGCUGCCAGGCAUGGUGGAAAAAAAUCAGCCAGCGUGCCGUAAGAUAUCCACAGAGACGAACGAACUUGAUUGCACGGAUCGUGAGGUAUGGGUGGGCAUCCGCAAAGACUUUACAGAAAGGAGACGGCGCAUCUGUGGGAGGGAAUACGACGCUAAGGCUCGACCUCCGAAGAAACGGGCGCUUGAGGACGAGGUGGCGGAGCGACCCUGGUACGAACCUGUUUUUGAUUGA